AUGCACGAAAUAGACGUCUGUGAGAAAUUUCUUAAACUUCCUAUGCAUGGUAAAAGAGAAUUUAUCAUCGCGAAACGUUUGUGUUGGAGAUGCUUGAAAUGGGGCCACCUGAACAGUAACUGUCGCGUAAGAAAGAUAUGCAAGGUUUGGAGUGAAGCACACCCAACUUCUCUUCACGGAGAUAAUCGGAAGUCAAGAUCGAAAUUGGCUACGAAAUCGAAAGACGAUUCUUCGAAACCGAGACAAGAACUGAAUAAAGUCAAAGUCAGUUCGAAUGAAGAUACAACCAUUUCCAACUGCAUUGAAGUUUGUAAAACGAACACGUACAGUGGGCCAAUCUCACAUUCCCUCAUUGUUCCUGUUUGGCUGCAUCAUAAAACCAACCCGAAUCGCAAAAUCAUGGUAUACGCGCUUUUGGAUGAACAGUCAGAUGCGUGCUUCGUUAAGGACUCUGUCCUGGAUUACUAGUAGGAGUCGAUGGUCCUGCUAAGAGAGCUAUUUCGUUUUGUCUUCGUCUUAGAAAGAGACUUAUAAAUCAGCUGCGUCAGAAGAGUUCGUCAGCCUCCGAUGGUAACAAGCCGGAGCGGAAAGAAAUCGAAGAUGACGGACAAACAAAUCCCAUUAAUAAAGAUUUGAAACAGCUAGUGAAUAAAAGCAUCCAGGCUACCAGGCAAGAAAAGUUGUCCUACAAGCCAAUAAACGUCGAUGAACUCCAGGAUGCUGAAAGUGAAAUCAUCACGAUUGUUCAGAACAAAGCAUUCGACGAUGAGAUUGUUUUAUUACGUCAUCAGGAUCCACAGAACAUAAUCCCUCCCUCCGGAGAUGUUCGAAACCAAGUCAGAAAAACUGUGAAAAAAUCGAGUUCAAUUUAUCAACUAGAUCCGUUCCUUGGUAAGGAUGGUAUUUUGCGUGUGGGUGACCGAAUCAGACGUGCAAGUAUUCCUGAGAACGUUAAGCACCCAUGUAUCCUUCCAAGAAAAGGCCAUGUGACCGAGUUAGUUAUCUGUCACCAUCAUCAGAAGGUUGCACACCAAGGACGCGGAAUGACGCAUAACAACAUCAGAUCGUCCGGAUUCUGGAUCAUCGGUGGACGAUCAGCCGUCGCCAGUCACAUUUCAAAGUGCGUAAAAUGCAGAAAACUUCGUGAUUCAUUGCAGGAACAGAAAAUGGCAGAUCUGCCAGCAGAUCGUAAUAGUGCUCGGAAUCUGUAUAAAGCACUAUACUUUGUAUAAUAAAUAUACAUCAACAAUACUUGAAUGAAUCAUUGGACAUGUAAAAUUUAAUAAGAAUUUCAACUGUCAUUUUGUUUAAUUUAAUACAUCAACUUCAGAUGGCAACAUUCAUUUGUAAUGAUUAAGAUUGUACUGAGUCAGAACUUCAAAACUAUAUAAUAAGAAAGAAAUUGUGAGCAUUAUCGAAAAAAUAUAGUAUACCCUGAAAUGUAGUGACACAACCAGGUGAAUAUAUGAAUGUAUUAUGUAGCGGGCCGUAGUAGGAUUACUCCUUAUUAUGCUGACAAUGGAUAUAUCUCAAAGAUAUAUUUUUACUAGAAAAUACAUGCAUGCAGAAACCAUCGCCUUACUGACAUAACAUUAUGUUUUCUGAAUAUUAUGAAGAAUUGAAAGUAGUUGUCAUGGUAACACGGUAAUUUUAAGAAUAGUUCUAAACCUGGUUUUAAAAUUGAAAAAUCUCCCCAAAAUAUCACUUUUAAUAACAAAAUUAUCAAUUUCCCAAACAUAUGUAUGCCAGGUAUGUUAUUAUACGUAAUAUAAGCAUCAAUUUAAUGUAAAAUUCCGUAAAAUUCAACCACAAACGGCUUCGCAAAACGUUUUAAAAUGUUCUCAAAACUAAACGGCCUUUUAUCGAAUUAUCGGUAAACAUUGAGUUUGAAAUAAGCUGAUUUAAAAUUCUCGCAUGAAAAUAACUUUGCUUUCCUCUUUAUUUAAGUACUUUAAUAUACAAAAGAAAAGGUAAUUAAUAAAACUACACUGAAAUUAUAUGCUGUCUUAUAUACGCAAUGAUAGGUUUAGUUCGAUAUUCGCCGUAUCGCCCACCACUAUCAGUUAUAAAUAUAUCAAUUAUAAGACAAACAAUACAUCAAUAUUUAAAACAGACUUACCUUCGUUAACGUCGUCGACUUUGCUCUAUUCUUUUAGACGUUUUUAGACGUUUUUGGCUCUCAGAAAGGUUUUGAAAUUUACAAAAUCUUGCUAAAAUACAACUUGCAAGAAAUGUACUUUAGGCCAUAUAAAAAAAAAUAGUUGGUUAGCGUCCUUAGCUUUUGCCAAAAAGUGGGCGGGCGGGCGCUUUUUUUUUUUUAAUUUUUACUAAUUUUUAACGCCAUGGUUUUACUCACUGUUAGGUCCGAAAUUGGAUUUUCUUGCGCAGUACAGAUAUUUUUUUAUAUAUUUCAAAAUAUAAUUCAUACCGUCAUUUUCAUAUGCAAUUUCGCAAAUUAUUAACACAAUUGACUACAGUCAACAGAAAUACUACAUAUAUUAGAGCCCGUUGAUCAAUAAAUGUCGGGGUUUUUUAAAUAAAAAAUAAAAAAAAAUCCUGAGCGGGGCCUUUUUUGUGGGCGGGCGGGGACGCUAACCAACUAAUUUUUUUUAUGUGGCCUUAUGAACACGUCUGGCUAACAUCAACUUUAUGACAGCAUUGCGUGAUGCUGCGCGGAUGAUGCAUUGUCAUACAAACAACAAUUUUGGAAUUGUUGUACAGCCUUGCCCGGAUAUUAUAGGUACUACGGUAAAAAUGGUAAGAAAUCAGAUAUUAUUUAUGGCUCCAAUCUUUAUGGCUCCAAUCAAAUAACCUUCACGCCAUAUUGUAGUGGUUUUUCUUCUCUUCCACGCCCAACUGUGAAAUUAAACGAAUCAAUAAAUACUUGUGCAUAUGUAGCGUUUAGUUAUGUAGAUAACUAAAUAGUGAAAAUCAGUUGUUUUUCAGUUUCAUUUUACAAUUUAGUUUCACUUUCCUAUCAAUAAAUACUAUGUAGAUAACUGAAUAGUGAAAAUCAGUUGUUUUUUUUCUAUACUCCAUAUUAUAAGGCGCCUGUAUAUAGGUCAACUGCUUAAAACAUUCAACUCUCCAUUAAUAUUAUUCAAUAAAAUAUAUUUAAGUGUUUGGGUUUCAAUCGUUCCAUUCCAAUCAUCCUUAUUUGUGUUUGCGGAUUUUCACAAACAACCCUGUGGCAGACCACAAUUAGCAAUGGCACAAAAGGCGUUACAGCAAGGUAGAAGAAUAGUGAUAGUGCUGACUCAGAUAGUGCUGACUCAGCUACGACUUAUCAUAUAACAUGUAAGUUUAAUCAGCUCGACCGUUCUCCAAGUGCUCACAUGAAUUUUAACCCAAAUCUUUUGAAUCUUACAAAGAAUCAAAACUCCGUACACAACCGGCUCGUAGCAGCGAUCUCGAAAACGUUUUAGAAUUUGUCACGUGAUCCGUCACAAUAUGCAUACGUUUCUAAUUACGCCAUGGAAUCACAUACCGCAAUGACAUGCCACAAACAGCCACAUUAGUCAUUUUCAGCGUUUUGUAACGGUGAAAUUAAUGGGAAUAAUCGUGUUGCUUCAGUUUUUAUGAUCGGAUUGCUAAAAGGGUGCUAAAAGGGUCCUAAAAGGUAUGGAAUGUUGCUAACUAUGUACCAGAAAAACUAGUUUGUUUUAGUCAUGACGUCCUGAAAAACAUCUGAAAAAAACUUCAACGCUUUGAAGCCAUUAACGUUGCUCGAAACGCUCGAAACGUUGAUGUUUUCUUUAUCUCUUUCACGUAGUUAUGACCAAAACGAAGACAAUUUAUCAUUGAAUAUUUACCUGCAUUGGAAAGCCACGUUUUGGAUAUAUACUAUAUAAGUAGGUUUACAAGUAAAUUAAAACAAUCGAAUUGCCCGCUGAAAUCUCCUAUGGCUAUGAAGAGGUUGGUGAAAGACAUCAUGCAAAAGGGUAUAACUGAAUGUUACUACUGAACAUUAAGAUUUAAAUUUUUGUAAAAUGUGAUUACAUAUGUGCUAUAUCCUAUGAAAGAAUUUAACGUUGAAUUCUUAUAGCUAUAUAAACCUUAGUUGAAGUUCAUCACUCUCCAACCUGUCUUUAUACUCCUAAAUUUUAGGUAUUUUUCACAAAUUUAUGUCUUUAUUGUAUCAAACUACAUUUUUAAUUUUAUCCUUGAGGAAUUACAGGAUCGAACUAUCUGCAUGAAAUUAUUGAAAAGGAAGAAAUGAAAGGGCGCCAACCGCAACCUGCAGCGGUAGUAUAACAAAAUAUUUCCUGUCUACGUACGGCAAUAUAUAUAUAGCCAAUGGUAUAGGAGCAAACGCAAGCAAAAAUCAAGAAAAUUCGAGCAGAUAUUUCAUUACAAUCCCCCAUAAAAAUUCCGGCGGGCAAACUUUCAACUGCCGCUUCCCUGGAAAGUAUUAUUAUAAAAUAACAUGUAUAUAACGCGUGUUCUGAUUGGUCAAAAGCCGUGUUUGGAUCAGGCCAUCCAAACACGGAAGACUAUCGUGUUGUUGUUAUUUUAUAAAACAAUUACUUUAUGGUUUCCGUGUUUGGAUGGACUGAUCCAAACACUUGGAAAUGUUGCUCGAGUUAAGAAAAGCGGGCAAAAUCACUCGCCUUCGGCUCGUGAUUUCGCUCGCUUUUCUUAACUCUCGCAACAUUCCCGCGUGUUUGGAUCAGGCCAUCCAAACACGGAAACCAUAAAGUAAUUGUAUAUGGUCAGUUAGCAAUAAGAUAAAUAUAAAAUACAUGUAAAAAUUUGAAGUCUGGAGAUACUUUGACUUUCAGAUCAGGAAUGGCAAAGAGAUGGUCAUGGAUGACUACAAUUUUCAUUGGCGUCAUGCAACUUUUGGCUAGCCCAAUAACACUAAGAUCAAAAGGUAAAGAAGAAAAUAAGAAACAUGAUCAUCUGUAUCGCUAACGACUGAUUUUCAUGUGUAUUUUAAUUAUUACAUCUCCGUGACACCGAGUGGACUGGAAUGGUUCCAAUUAACCAAAACUACUAACAACACUGAAAUUAACACAAAAAACAUGCAGUUAAUUAAUAGUACAGACAAAUGAUGCAUUAUAACAUGUCUUUACAAAAUUAUUAGUCACUAAAUAUAUAUAUAUAUAUAUAUAUAUAUAUAUAUAUAUAUAUAUAUAUAUAUAUAUAUAUAUAUAUAUAUAUAUAUAUAUAUAUAUAUAUAUAUAUAUAUAUAUAUAUAUAUAUAUUACCCAUGUACUGUACGUGCUGUUAGACCAUGCAAAAAUAAAAUACGAGACUGCAAGAAAUACUAAUUUGAUGAUAAUUUCGUCUCAUUUGAGUAAUUCGAUGUCCACCAUAAGUCUCAAUCAUUUUACUUGCUACUAAAAGAGUCAAUCAAUCGGUUUGUCUGAUUGUUUUGUGUGUCAGCCAGUAAUUUUAGUCAUUUUGAGAUUAAUGCAUCAGAACAAGAAGUCACCACAAUCAACUGGCAUAACUCAGAGCAUUGUAUGAAAUAUUGACCUCGAUAUUGACAAGAUAUAAUUUGACGAAGGAUUUUAUGCACCUUAAUUGUUACUCUUAUCUUUUCAGAAGGAAACGGCCGUAUACCAAUUACAGAACACAAGUCAGCGAAUCUAGGAGACGAGGUCAUUCUACAUGAUCCUGUAUCUCAUGCUAACAACAAAAGCAUAACAUGGUUAUUCAACAACUGUCGUAUUGUUCAAAAACAACCGGGACAAGAACCUUUCGUACACGAUAAGAACUACCAACUAAUGGAUAAUGGUGAUUUAAAAAUCUUAAAUAUGACGAAACAGUUAGAAGGCGAAUAUGAACGUUUAGUUGGACAUGAUUCCACCAUUGAUGUUAAAGCGAAAGGUAUAUGGAAAUAAAAAAAUUUCAUUUAAUAAAUUUUAUCCAAAUUUAAAAACACGUUUAUGCAUCUUAUUUUCUUUUUUAACCUAUACGCAGUUGCUAUUGUGACUGAUGUCAGCAGUACAUAUAAAGAGAAGAUCACUGACACUGUAAUACAGAAAGAAUGGAAUAUCAUUUUCCAUUUAUCAACAAAACGUGAUGUUAACUGUGAAGCCAAGAUUGAUAAAAUUGCGUUAUGUUUUAAAAAACCAGACGAUGAUCAAUGCACAAAUCUUGCAAAUGCAACCAUUGUUUCAAAACCUGGAGCCUGUGAAGCUACAAUAAUGUUCAACCAAACUUCAAGAAACAUUGGUUUGAAGUAUUACGUUAAAUUUCCACCAAUCGAUCCCUUCGAUUUUAGACCGGGGAGUAGUCAUGAAGUAAACAGUCAAACGUUUUUACUUACGCAAGGUAAAUGGUACACGGUCCAGUAUAAUACUCUUGAAAUUACUACCAGCACAUUCAUUUCUAAGGAUCCUUUCAAAUUUUAUUGGGCUCGUUAAUUAUUUCACAUUCUUUAUUUUGUAGUCACAAUAUAUUUGAUAUUAUUUCAUUUCUUAAAUAUAUUAGCACCAUCAACUGAAGAGAAUACUACACACCCAAUAACGAAUCCUCCUCCAAAGUCAAACACAGUUUCAACGAUAACCCUCAAUCCAGGCAAAAAAAACACCGAACAAUCAUUAAAGCCAACGAAACCAACCAAUACGCUAUCAAUGACCAGCAGGGUAGAAAACAAAUACACACAUCAACCAUCAACUGUAAAUACCAACAAUCAACCUACAGAUCGUAAAUGUAAAGAGUCGUGUGAACAAACGAAUAGUGAUUGUACUAAAGCUAUUAUUGUUUCUACAGCUGUAACCUUGAUUGUAACUUGUGCGAUAUGCAUGUAUUGUCGUCAUAAACAUCUUGAUUGUCGUAGAUGUUGCUCUGCAAAAAACAACAGUACAAAUACAUCGUCUACGCAAGAUAUUACUGAUGAUACCAAUGGCAAUAUUCAGAUGGAUGCGUUUUCCAGGGAAAAUUCAUACACACAAGACAUAGAGACCAGCGAAUAA